AUGGGUUCUUCAGAGGAGAAACUUCCAGAGUUCUUCAAAACUUUUCGCCCAGAUCAUUAUUCUGAGACCAUGAAAAUCCCAGAUGCUUUUCUGGAACAUUUAAGCACAAAAAUCCCUAAGAAAGUUAUCCUGAAAAAUUGUUUUGAUGACCAUUGGCCUGUUGGAAUUGUUGAAAACGAGGAUGGCUUGUUUUUCCAAGAAGGAUGGUCUAAGCUUGUCUCCGAUUAUCCACUGUUAGGGGGAGAAUUUAUGGUGUUUAAAUAUGACGGAUACUCUACAUUUGAGAUCAGAACUCCGAAUACAAGUCAUUUCAAGAAGCAACCAGUUACCGGGUGUUUUGCAGGCCAAGAAGAAGCAAAGACGCCAACAGAAGAGGACAAUGAAGAUGAAGAAGAUUUAGUCGUGGACCAAGCUGAGAAUUCGGCUAUAAGGAAGAACCUUGGCAGGGGAGGAAAUUAUUCAUUCACUGGAUACCAUGUCAAGAACCUUGGAAAAGGAAUAACAGACUUAUUUCCAUCCAACAACCCCUUUUUUGUUACAAAAAUUAGAAAGAAUGACGGCAGAAAGGACUUGCGUGUUGUUGGUGGCACUGCUUGCAGUGGGGAGGAGAGAGAAGCAGGCAACAGUGCACGAAGGGUGCAGGAAGAUGCAGGGGCUGCUCGUGGUUGCUAUUAG